GGCGGGGGUCACAGGCUCGAAAUAUCGCGAGAUUUCCAACGAGAUUCCCUUUCUCCUCCGGGAUCUACAGGAGCCAUGGGGCGCGUGAUUCGCAGUCAGCGCAAGGGCGCCGGGUCCGUGUUCCGAGCUCACAACAAACACAAGAAGGGGCCUGCGCGCCUCCGCGCCAUCGACUACGCCGAGAGGCACGGAUACAUCAAGGGCAUCGUCAAGGAUAUCAUCCACGACCCUGGCCGCGGAGCUCCCCUGGCUAAGGUCAUGUUCCGGGACCCGUACCGCUUCAAGAAGCGCACGGAGCUCUUCAUCGCGGCCGAGGGCAUCCACACGGGGCAGUUCGUCUACUGCGGCAAGAAGGCCCAGCUAAGUGUGGGGAACGUGCUGCCUGUGGGCGCGAUGCCCGAGGGCACCAUUGUGUGCUGCGUGGAGGAGAAGAGUGGAGACCGGGGCAAGUUGGCGCGCGCCUCGGGGAACUACGCCACCGUCAUCUCACACAACCCCGACACGCACAAGUCCCGCGUGAAGCUGCCCUCGGGCGCCAAGAAGGUCAUCUCCUCUGCCAACCGCGCCGUCGUGGGUGUUGUGGCCGGGGGUGGUCGCAUUGACAAGCCGAUCCUGAAGGCCGGUCGGGCCUACCACAAGUACAAGGCCAAGAGGAACUGCUGGCCUCGCGUGAGGGGUGUGGCCAUGAACCCCGUGGAGCAUCCAUUCGGUGGAGGAAACCACCAGCACAUUGGCAAGCCGUCCACCAUCCGCAGGGAUGCGCCGGCGGGUCGCAAAGUGGGUCUCAUCGCUGCGCGGCGCACGGGUCGACUGCGCGGAACCAAGGUGGUGCUGGACAAGGAGAGCUAAGCGCCACCGCCAUGCGACCGUGUGCCGGCGGGACAGUCCACGCGACCGCCAGCAUCACCACCGUCGUCACGGUCACCGCCGGCAUUUGCGUGCGUCUGCAUGUGGUGCCGUCAAUAAAGACUUCCACGUUUUUGGAAAAGAGGA